UCAGCUAGACGCUUUCUGGUUGAACAGAGCAAGUACUUAUGAAUGAGUUCACAAUUUGAAUUGUUUUACUGAUAUGAAUGACGUUGCAGAUUGUUUGAAUGACGCGGGUGUUGAAGAAAUUGUGAAAGAAGCGCAACAUAGCUGCAAAGGCUUUGAGAGUUUAGGAAGGAUGACCACGUGUGGUGUAAAAAGAAAAAGAAAGAUGCAAAGAUGGUACAUGAGUUUAUUAAAAUUUCAAGCUGAAAUAGGUGAAAUAUUUGCCAACUAUAAAAGCCUCGAUAUACUUAUCUCUCAACAACCAGAAACACCUACAAAAAGUUUAAGAAGGAUGGACACGUGUGGAGCAAAAAGAAGGAUGGACACGUGUGGAGCAAAAAGAAGGAUGGAAAGACCAUUCAGGAAUCUCAUGUCAACCUCAAGGCCCAAAGAAGAGAAACCCUGAAGAAAUCCAGAUGCAGCAAAGGGAGAAAAUGGACCUGGGAUGUACAUGUCAGCAGCUCUAAAUAAUGACACACUACCUAAGACUGGGAUGGAAAUAGGGGCGGUUAUGAGAAUUAAAAUGGGAGUGGGAGAGCAUUGCUGUGUAGAAAGAAUCAUGUAGAAAAAUUUGUAUUGAGAGUUUAUUUUUCGGGGGAGUACUGGCCUCUCGUAUUAGCUAGCUUAGUAUUUUCAUCUUCGUAUUGGAGUGUGUUUUUUCUGAA